AUGUGUUUAAGAAUAAUAGUUAUAGCGUGUGGUUUAGUCAAGCUCUCGACUGAGUAUGAGAACUCUUCAGCUCCAUUGAUCCUUACUCCGUACUUGAAACAAGGAGAUAUAUACACUGCAAGAAACUUAUCCAAGGUCUCUCCAGACAUAGGGAACGUCACUAGUUAUGCUGGAUACUUCACCGUGGACGAAGCAUGUGACAACAAUCUAUUCUUCUGGUUCUUCCCCGCCGAGUGUUAUUGGCUGGAAGUUCCAGUGCUACUCUGGCUGCAGGGUGGUCCAGGUGGCUCCUCUAUGUAUGGACUGUUCGAGGAGGUGGGUCCCUUCAAUAGUCUCUCCGACGGUUUAAAACGUAGAAAUUAUUCUUGGAGUAACAUUAGCAACUUGCUCUUCAUUGACAAUCCUGCAGGCGCAGGUUUCAGUUACUCGACUCUUCGCUGCUUCGCGAAUAACAUUCCGACUAUCAGUGAACAGUUGUACUCGGCUCUUCUGCAGUUCUUUCACAUGUUUCCGGAGCUACGAAAGAACAAGUUUUUCCUCACCGGGGAAUCCUUUGCAGGACACUACAUUCCACCCUUGGCUGCACUCAUCGACAAGAAGAACGACCAAUGUGAGACUCCUAUGAAUCUGAAAGGUGUCAUGAUCGGGAAUCCACUCAUGAAACUGGACUGUCAUGAUUACGGAAGUUUCUUGUACCAAGUAGGUAUAGCUGAUGACAAGUUACGGGACGAUCUCUACAUAUAUCAAGAGAGGCUAAAGAGGCACGUGGCAGAAGGAAACUACACGGCUGCAAACAGCGACUGGUAUUACAUGCUGAACGAUCUGAUAAACAACAGAACACAACAGCCAAGUAGAUUCAACAUUCUUACUGAGCCUCCAGAUCCAAGCAAUUACAUGGAGUUUCUUAAUUCAACUGAAACGAGAAUGGCGAUUCACGUGGGGAACGUGAAUUUUUCAGACACAAACUGGGACGUGUAUAACGCUUUGAUACCUACAAUUGCCCAGUCGUUCGCUCCGGACGUCGAGUACCUACUGUCUACAGGGAAGUAUAUAGUAGGGAUGUACAGUGGACAGUUAGAUAUCAUCUGCAUGUACUCGUCCACCGUGUGUAUUCUACGUGGACUCCAGUGGGCAGGGAGAGAAGAGUACCUCAACGCUACCAGACAGAUAUGGUAUCUGCACGACCAGGUAGUAGGAUGGUACAAGACUGCGGGUAAUCUAUUGCUGGAUAUAUUGAUCAAGGACUCAGGACACUCGGUACCUCACUACAAACCGGAAGUUGCCUACACCAUGAUCGAUUCCGUUAUUUCUGCGGAACCUGGUGUUAAUCCACUCUGGAAAUUUCAAAAUUCUAGUAACUCAUGA